AAACCACGCCGAAGGAGUGGAAGCCGACGCAGCGUCGUCUCCGUGGAGGGAGCCAUGGCUGAGCUCGCUGCUCCAAUGGCUUCCGCAGCUCGUGGCUACCUAGGGCUAAGCCCCGGUCUGGCGCACCAUAGGAAAGGAGACGCCUUGGACGCCCUCUCUUCCUUCUGUGUCGGCAGACUCAGGCCUCGCCCGAAUCCCCUCUCCCUCAGAAUCCCUCCUUCGCGUCCUUUGAGGAGGAAGCCAUUCCCCAAGUGCAGACCUUUCUUGCCUACCAUGGAAUGGCAGGACUGCGGCUCUGAGAUUGAAAUUGCUGUCCCAUGUUCAGUAGCUUAUGACUGUUAUUCUGACUGCGAGGCAAUUCCAAAAUGGAUGCCCUUUAUUUCUUCUGUGAAGGUGCUUGUUAAUAUCUUGCAGCACCACAGCUCAAUGGGUUUAACUCAUAUUUAUUUGCGUGAUGUUGAAUUUUCUUGGCUCGCUCGAAAUUUGCAUCCUAUUCCUAAUCAGAAGAUACACUGGCGAUCUUUAGAAGGUCUUCCGAAUAGAGGUGCAGUCAGAUUUUUCCCCAAAGGUCCAUCCACCUGCAAACUACAAUUGACAGUCUCAUAUGAGAUUCCUGAAAUUAUGAUUCCAGUUGCAGCGGUGAUUCAGCCAUUCAUGGAAGGAUUGCUUGAACAAGGCUUACAAAGAUUCGCCAUAGUUGUCAAAGAGUAUCAGAGAAAGAUCUCACAGCGCUAACCUGCCGGCCAUCUUUAUGAUGCUAGCAAGCCAGGAUAGAGAAGAGGCUCAAAUAUUCACACCCGGUUAGUUAGCAUUCCUUCAAUAUACACCUGGCCAAUGCUUCUGUGAUCCUGAUCAAAGAUCAAACCAAGAGAUUUUGAUGGUGAAUAUGACUUGACUUGCCGCAUCCAUUCAGAAUUUAAGCUUUAAUUUUUGUUUUUACAAAAAAUGUGAUUGCUUGGUAAUUUUCUGGUCCUUAUGCAUGUAUACAUGUAAGAAUCACUGCUUGAUCAGUAUUUUCAAUUACCUUUUACUAAGAGUAUAUAUAUAUAUUUUUAAAUGA